GAGAUAAUUGAAGAGGUGAACACACUACUUGAUAAUAUAGAUGGUAUUACGACAGUCCACGCUAGAUUUUACGACUUAUCGUCCGGUUAUGAUAAGGUAAUGUCGCCGUAUUAACACAUUAAUUUUUUAUUCUACAAUAUUAAAAUAUCAGAUGUUAAAAAGCCUGGAAUCUGACCCUUAUUUAAUGAGAUUUAAAUUUGAGAUCGGAACAAGUUGUUAUCAUCUUGUUACAAGGUUGAUGACGGCGACAGACUUGCUACAAGUUGUUCCAACAAGACUAAUACAGGCUGUUCACGUAACAAGUUGCUACGAGCUUGUUGUCAUCAACUUGUGACGUGCAGACGAUAUCAGACUUGUUGGAACAACUUGUUGCGAGUCUGUUGGCCUCAUCAACCUUGUUACAAGAUGACAACAACUUGUUCCAGACUUGGCAACAACUGGGAACAAGCAUUGCGAACACAUCUUGUUGACAAGCUGUCAAGCUGUGAGAUUUUCACACGUGUACCUAUACUACUAAAUAUAAUUGUGCAGCGUUUAUUAAAUUUCUAGACUACAGUACGUUUACACUACAGUACGUUGUUCGGACGCGAUUCGACAACGAGACGCGAUUUUUCGAUUUUCAUUGACCGAUAACUUUGAUCCUAUUUUAAAUUUUCCAAAUAUUUAGAAGCGCUCUAACAUUUUGAGUUACUUGGUCUAUAUACAUGUAACUUUCAAAAUUUGCUCUCAUUGGCUGUUUUAUCAACUUUCAAAAACUGAAAAAUCGCGUCGCGUUGUCGAAUCGCGUCCGGUGUGUUUGGACCUUAAAGGUCUGGAAUUUCUUUGUUUUCAGUCACGUACCACAUAGGUACGCGGAACUCUUGCUAUCUGCGUACUUUUUGCUGGUACCGCAUGACCUUUCCAAGCCCAAUGUAUUCAAUACCGUAAUUGAUACAUGUAGUUGGCAUGUCAUGUGUCUGAGAUGUCUUGACAUGAAACGUGAUUGGAUUGAUGGAACGUUGGAGUCGAUUGUUUGUAUAUGCAAUUGUGAUUCUUUUUGUACCUCGUAGUCUGAACAUACUUUUCAGAAAACUGUACUUUAGGAACCUUAUUUUAAUGACUUAGUACACAUUGAGUACGGAGUUUGUGUAAGUACGCGGCAACAACCAUUGGCGUACCAGUCCGAUACGACUAAAAAUAUUCAAUUAUUGCACCCGACUUCGUGUCAACACAAACGCCGUUACUUUAUUGAACCGCUUGCAAACCAAGCAUCUCAGGUCUCAAAACAGUAACGUUGAAUGCUUUUCGUUCAAUUUUCUUUGCUCUAUUUGAAUUAGUUUGAGUUUACAUGAGUGCUAAUUUAAUUUGUAAACAAACUAUAACGGCGUAGCGUGGGCACGCGUAAAUUCUGCUCGUAUUAUUUCGUGCGAACUUGGUGUUACAAACUAAUUUUUGUAAACGUUAUCUAGGCGGCUGGCUCGUUUAAUCAAUACUACAGAAACGCCCUACGAUUUUUGGGCUGUAUCGAGGUUGCUGACUUACCAGGUGUGUUGAGGCUAGAUGCUGAUCAGCUGCGAAACGUUCCUUCCCACCUAAAAAUUAAAUACAUUUCAUUUCAGCAAAAGAACAAGAAGAACGAGCAUUCAAUUUAGCCCUAGCGGCAUUACUCGGCAGUGAUAUCUAUCAUUUCGGUGAACUGGUAUGUCUGAUGUUUUUCAAAGUAACCAAUGUUUGGUGCCUCCAAUGAUCUCGUUCCCACUCUAUGUCCACUGGGGCCUAUCUGUCUGUUUGUUUGUUUGACUGUCUAUUUGUCAGAGCUCCGUUUUCAAAUGCCAGAACUACAUUUUCAAAAGCUAGAAUUCCGUUUUCAAAUGCCAAAACUCAGAUUACAAAUGUUAAAACUGAGUUUUCAAAUGCCAAAACUCAGAUUACAAAUGUUAAAACUGAGUUUUCAAAUGCCAGAGCUCCCUUUUCAAAAGCCAAAAUUCAGUUUUCAAAUGCCAGAACUCCCUUUUCAAAUGCCAGAACUCAGUUUUCAAAUGCCAGAUCUCUGUUUUCAAAAGCCAGAGCUCCGUUUUCAAAUGCCAGAACUCCGUUUUCAAAUGCCAGAACUCCGUUUUCAAAACCCAGAACUCUGUUUUCAAAUGCCAGAGCUCCGUUUUCAAAUGCCAGAACUCCGUUUUCAAAUGCCAGAACUCCGUUUUCAAAACCCAGAACUCUGUUUUCAAAUGCCAGAGCUCCGUUUUCAAAUGCCAGAACUCCGUUUUCAAAUGCCAGAACUCCGUUUUCAAAACCCAGAACUCUGUUUUCAAAUGCCAGAGCUCCGUUUUCAAAAGCCAGAACUCUGUUUUCAAAUGCCAGAGCUCCGUUUUCAAAAGCCAGAACUCUGUUUUCAAAUGGCAGAGCUCCGUUUUCAAAAGCCAGAACUCUGUUUUCAAAUGCCAGAACUCUGUUUUCAAAUGCCAGAACUCCGUUUUCAAAUGCCAGAACUCUGUUUUCAAAUGCCAGAGCUCCGUUUUCAAAUGCCAGAACUACGUUUUCAAAUGGCAGAACCCCGUUUUGAAAUCCCAGAACUACCUUUUCAAAAGCUAGAGCUCUCUUUUCAAAAGCCAGAACUCUGUUCUCGGCUUGAUAGAUGAAAAUUUUCCACCAAUUGGGUUUGCGCAAAUUAGCGAACACUCAAUUUUGACAAUAUGAAACUUAACUCAAGAAAAUUUCUUCGGUGCCUCGUCCCCUGUCGCAAUUUGCAAGCUUCAAGCGAAGCGAGCAAAUUUGGACUACGCAGGGCUAACUGAAAAUUUUUUGGUUACCUGCAAAAAAAACUAAAUAUACAGGCAUGGUCUAUGUUUGUUUGUUGUAGCAUUAAAGACGCUACUGUAUAUCCCUAUGUCUCCUGGACGAAUAUAUUUCUCAGGAAAAUAUUGUGUGCGAGAAAAUAACGUCAUGGAAACGAAGCCAUUGCAUUGGGCAAGAUUGCAAUCAACAGUUUAUUUCUUCAAGAGAAACUGUAGAAAAUAAUGGUGACUUUCUGCUCUGUUUUUUAGCUUGCACAUCCUAUACUAGAUUCAAUUAAAAGUUCGGAACAUCAAUGGAUUGUUGACUUGCUGUUCGCUUUCAAUAGUGGUACGUAUAUACAAAGAUAAAUAAACGCUCGGGUUAAAAUUUCCCUGGUUCACGUAGAGUUGCAGUAUUUGGGUUAACUUCAUAUCGCUUGCUUCAAUGUCCUGGUUAUUGUAACCUUAUUCCUACUGUGGUAUGGUUAAUUUGACCAAGACGUCCCAUGCACGCCUUUCAAACGUCCAAGUGCUGGUUGUCAUCAGCUUUACUGCUGGAUACUUUCUUUAAACUAUACUGUAUACAUCUACAUAUAUCGGUUUGAAUGUGGCUAUAAAAUACGCCUGUUUUUGGCAUACCAUCUAACCAUGGUUUGUGGCUUAAAGCACACUGUUAUACAUGCCUUAUAUAGCAAAGAUCAGUAUAAAUAAAGUACACUAUAAAGUACAGUGCGCCAGAUUUUGACAUGCCUUGUAGCAACGAUUUGAGACUAUAAAGUACACCUGUUUUCGGCAUACCUUAUUGCCUUGGUUUGAGACUAUAAAGUACGUCUGUUUUCAGCAUAUUGUAUAGCAACGAUUUCUGGCUAUAAAGCACGCCUUUCAUGUAUAUCUUAUAGCAACGGUUUGUGACUUUAAAGUAGUGCUGUACGCCUGUUUUCGGCAUACUGGUGUACUUUGUUGCCACAGUCUUCGCGUCAUAGAUAUCUUAUGUACACUAGAUAGCGCAUCUCUUUUAGUAAAAUUGAAGCCAAGAAUAUUCCAGCGGUUAUCCCCAUUUGAAUAGAUGGCGGCCAUGUUGGUCGUUCCCACUCGCUAAUAAACGCUUAAAAAACAACAAUAAAUUUCAUCAUUUGAAUAGUUUAAAAAUGUAUUUGGAAUAGGGUUAACUUAAUGUUUAAGUUCCCUGUUUAAGAAAUAGAAAACAUACGAAUCUUCUCAUUUCAUGGGAAUAUCCUGAGUCUGCAAUCACGGCUUCAAUUUUUGAAUUGCAGAAUAAUUAAAUGCACCAUCUAGUGUAUAUAAGAUAUCUAUGCUUCGCGUUUAUAUUGGAAAUUCCCAGCCCGCGGUCACCCGAGAUCUCGUGUCAGUCGAAGCGGGAUCUCACUCAGGCGGGCCAGCUCGGUUUCCAUAUAAACACAAAAUGAAAUUUAGUAAGAAAUAAUAACAAAUGCGGGAUCUCGCCUAAACCGGCCUAGCUCGCCCCAUAUACUGUAAACAGCCCGUUAGAGAGUAUAUAUUUGGUAUACAGUAAAUAUAUAAUGUAUACCUAUUUUAUUUUCCCAUUUUCGUUCAGGAAACAUUCCGCGGUUUGAGUCGAUGAAACCUAUCUGGACCAAGCAAGUAAGCGUUUAUUAAAGAUUAAAGAUUUCCUUCAGUGUUUACAGUCAUACACGCACGUAAAAAUGCGUUACUGAUCUGCGAACAAGUCGUAACAAGGUUGUUGUGAAGCCGAUAUCAGGAUGUGUUCGCACUGCUUGUUCCCAGUUGUUGUGACAAGUCUGGAACAUUCUUAUCACCUUGUUACAAGGUUGAUGAUGGUAACAGACUUGCUACAACAAGUUGUUCCAACAAGACUAAUACAUUAUUCUUCUAAAACUUUCACCUCUGGUCAUCAUUAAUUAUAUCAUUCAAUUCACUUUCAAACAGGAUUUUUCAAGAGGUUUACUUUAUUUUUAACAACGUUUCGGACAGUUUUACUGUCCGUCUUCAGGUUAUUACAACUUUGUAAAUGUUGUCAGCACAAGUAAACCUCUUGAAAAAUCCUGUUUGAAAGUGAAUUGAAUUAUAUAAUUAAAGUCUAAUACAGGCUACAAGUUGCUACGAGCUUGUUGUCAUCAACUUGUUACGUGCAGACGAUAUCAGACUUGUUGGAACAACUUGUUGCGAGUCUGUUGGCCUCAUCAACCUUGUUACAAGAUGAUAACAACUUGUUCCAGACUUGGCAACAACUGGGAACAAGCAAUACGAACACAUCUCGUUGACAAGCUGGGAAAUUUUUACGCGUGUAGUCGAUGAUUCGCGUUUAUGGCCAGAUUUUACAUACACUUUUAAUUUCUCGUUUUAGCCUGACUUGGAGAGUCACGAAUUGUUACUUCGACAGAAAAUCACGUUACUUUGUUUAAUCGAG